AUGGAAGAUGAUUGUAAACCACUACUCAGCUCAGUACGAGGUGGAGAAUACUACACAGACCAAACAGACUCAGUGGAUACCAAGCAAAGAAGGCCUUUUCAUGUGGAGCCAAGGAACAUUGUCGAGGAGGAUGCUCAGGAGAGGGUGUCUGCUGAAGCCUCUGUGCUGAGCAGCAGAGUGCACUACUAUAGCCGCCUCACAGGUUCAUCUGACAGGCUACUGGCUCCCCCAGACCAUGUGAUCCCCCCUCCUGAGGAAAUCUAUGUUUAUAGUCCAUUGGGAACUGCCUUUAAAGUGCAAAAAGGGGAUGGCAAGAACCCAAGCAUAGUCACUAUUUUUGCCAUAUGGAAUACAAUGAUGGGAACUUCUAUACUGAGCAUACCAUGGGGAAUAAAGCAGGCUGGCUUCACACUGGGGAUCAUCAUCCUAAUUUUUAUGGGUUUUUUGACACUCUACUGCUGUUAUAGAGUACUCAGGUCCCCCAAGUCCAUAGAGCGAAUUGAUACUUCAGAUUGGGAGUUUCCAGAUGUGUGUAGACAUUACUUUGGGGCAUUUGGACAGUGGUCAAGCCUGAUUUUUUCCAUGGUCUCAUUGAUUGGUGCAAUGGUGGUCUACUGGGUCCUCAUGUCCAACUUCCUGUUCAACACGGGCAAAUUUAUCUACAACUAUGUUCACAAUGUCAGCACAUCUGAUUCAGAGUAUGGCACAAACGGAACAGACCGAGUGAUCUGUCCAUAUCCAAACACUGACCCAGACAAUACCAGCAGCAUCAGCAUCAGUUUGUUCUAUGUGACCGAAAACAGCACAGACCAAGCAGUGUUUGAUCACUGGUGGAGUAAGACCAACACCAUCCCUUUCUACCUCAUUGUCCUGCUGCUGCCGCUGCUCAACUUCCGUUCUGCGUCUUUCUUCGCCAGGUUUACCUUUCUUGGCACUAUAUCUGUGGUCUACCUUAUCUUCUUGGUCACUCUGAAAGCGAUUCGAUUGGGUUUUCACCUUGAGUUCCACUGGUUUGAUUCCACUAAGUUGUUUCUUCCAGAAUUCAGGCUGCUGUUUCCCCAGCUGACAGGAGUUCUCACUUUGGCUUUCUUUAUUCAUAACUGUGUUAUCACUCUCAUGAAGAGCAACAGGAACCAGAACAACAAUGUACGGGACUUGUCUGUGGCUUACCUGCUUGUGGGAAUGACAUACCUGUAUGUAGGAGUACUGAUUUUUGCAGCCUUCCCAUCCCCACCGCUGUCAAAAGACUGCAUCGAACCAAACUUCUUGGAUAACUUCCCCAGCAAUGAUAUAUUAGUGUUUUUCGCCCGCUUGUGUCUGCUGUUCCAGAUGACCACAGUGUACCCUCUGUUGGGUUACCUUGUACGGGUUCAAAUUAUGGGACAGAUUUUUGGCAAGCAGUAUCCCAGUUUUUUUCAUGUCUUGGUUCUGAAUAUCACCAUUGUUGGGGCUGGUGUGCUCAUGGCCAAGUUCUAUCCUAACAUUGGCUCCAUCAUAAGGUAUUCUGGAGCAACAUGUGGCCUGGCGCUGGUGUUUGUUUUUCCCUCUGUCAUCCACAUGCUGUCUCUGAAGAGGCGGGGUGAAUUGCGAUGGCCGUCUAUGUUCUUCCAUAGCUUCCUCAUCGUGCUAGGAGUAGCCAACCUGCUGGGGCAGUUUUUCAUGUAGACUCCAGCUCUCUCUUCUAU